AGAGAGAGUAAUAUAGAGAGAGAGAUCUCCCCCAUGCAACUCCUCACCCCCGUUAUAUAAAGGCCCAUCGGGUGCGCUUCUCCUCCGUCCAGUGGAGAGCCAUGAACACGGCGGAGGCGCUGCGGAGCGCGCUCGCCUGUCUCGCGUUGCUGCCGCGCUUCGUGUUCGCGGCGAUCGCGCUGUGGCUCCUCGACUUUCUGUGCGUGCGGAAGCGCGUGCUGGUGCGAGCGAGGGCGCGGGACGAAGAGGAGGAGGUCGAGGGCGAGGCAGAAGAAAAGGAGGGCAGGAACGCGGACGACGACGACGACGACCCGCCGCUCUGCGUGUCCGACUCGGACCGUAUGUUCAGUGUGGCGUCGCUGCGGGCCGUGUGGCAUGGCCACAAGCUGGACGCGCUGAAGGCGGCGCGCGUGGGCCGCGCGGCGCCCAACAGCGAGGUGGUGCGCCUGGCGGACGCGCGCCGCCGCCGCAUCCUGGAGUACGCGCGCGGCGCGCGGCCGCUCGUGCUCAACUUCGGUAGCUGUACCUGACCGCCGUUCAUGACGCGCCUCCGCGCCUUCGGCCGCCUUGUGCGCAGCUACGCCGAUGUGGCAGACGCGCUGCUGGUGUACAUCGAGGAGGCACACCCGUCAGACGGCUGGGCGAGCUCGGAUGCGCCCUACCAGAUCCCGCGCCACCGCUGCUUGGAGGAGCGUCUGCGCGCAGCGCGCCUCAUGGAGCGCGAGGCGCCGCCCGGUUGCCCCGUGGUGGCGGACGGCAUGGAGAACACGGCCAAUGCGGCGUACGGCGCCUACUUCGACCGCCUCUACAUUGUGCAGGACGGCAAGGUGGUGUAUCAGGGCGGCCGAGGGCCCGAGGGCUACCGCAUCUCCGAGCUCAGGGACUGGCUGGACGAGUACAGGAGGCGCCUGCGCGAGAAGAGGGACGCCGUGGUUCACAUGUAGCUUUGGGGGGCGAAAAUAAAUCGAAGCGACCGUUUUGGAGACGGGGACGACAAAGCUGCUAUUAAUUUCUGUGGAAUCUCUAUCAAGAGGACAUUCUCUCGAAACAAGGACGUUUUUCUUCUCUCCUCAGUGUUUUUCUGUGCUCCUUCAUGUCUCCCUUCGUCUCCAGUGGUGUUUUUCUGACUAGUUUAGAGGUAGUUAACUUGCUCUAGCUCAGCGUCCAGUGUGUGAUCAUGAACGUGUGUGUGUGGCUCCAGGCACUUGGACGACUUACGCUCACCUCUGUUCUCCUUCUCGUAUUGCUGUGAAGGUCGGUUUUUAAACGGUUUCCCAACCAGAAAACCGAUACUGAUAAUUUUAAAUACGGCGAGGGAAAUAGAAGUGAUUUAUGUCUGUUUUGUCUGAUUUUUUGUGCCGUCCACAAAUCACUUUGUAAAUUAUUCCUUUAUAUCAAACACGUUUUGUAAUAAAACCUCUAAUAGAA